UUGGCGAAGGACAUGAUGCCGAUAAACACAGUAACCAAAGGUGGUUUUGUGAGCCUGGUAACUAAUUUGGACCGAAGAUACCAGAUUCCAUCACGGACCUAUUUUUUGCAAAUCGCCAAUCCAAAAAUGAAUGACGCAUGCAGGGAGACUGUGGAAUCGGAACUGAGUCAAGUUGAACACUACGCGUGUACCACAGAUCUUUGGUCCAGUCGAACGACAGAGCCCUACAUCAGCCUUACUGUGCACUUUUUGGAUCAAGACUUUGAACUGAAAACGCGAUGUCUACAGACAUCCUAUUUCCCCGGACAGCACACCGCAGAAAACAUUGCCUGUGGAUUAAAUGAUGCUUUGGCCAGCUGGCAUUUGCGGGAAGAGCAGCUGGUUUGCAUUACUACCGACAACGGGGCGAACGUUGUGAAAGCAACAGAACUCAACCACUGGGUCAGACUUCAGUGCUUUGGCCAUAGGCUGCAUCUUGCUAUUGUAAAUGCUAUUAAGGAUGACAGCCGCAUUGACCGUGCUGCUGGGCUGUGCAAAAAAUUGGUGGGACAUUUUUCCCACAGCUGGAAACAGAAGACGGCACUAAAAAAAGCACAACAGGAGCACAACCUCCCUGAGCACUCACUCAUCACAGAAUGUCCAACUAGGUGGGGCUCAAGACAAAAGAUGAUUGAGAGGGUCUUGGAGCAGCGGCGGGCCAUUUCUGAUGUCCUAUCAGCAGACCGUAAAACACGGCAUCUGGUUCCCUCCUGGCAGGAACUGGAUGUACUAGAGUCUGUAAACCUGGCAUUACGCCCCUUUGCAGGAAUUUACUGAUGCUCUUUCCGGG